AUGGCGAAUUUGAUGAUGAGAUUACCAAGCAUCAGCUUGAGGAGCUUCUCAGUUUCAGCUUCUUCAUCAAACGGAUCGCCGCCGGUGAUCGGAGGAUCUAGCGGCGGUGUAGGGCCGAUGAUCGUGGAAUUACCGUUGGAGAAGAUACGUAGACCGUUGAUGCGAACCAGAUCCAACGAUCAGAACAAAGUGAAAGAGCUCAUGGAUAGUAUCCGUCAAAUCGGUCUUCAAGUUCCGAUCGAUGUGAUUGAAGUUGAUGGAGCUUACUAUGGCUUCUCGGGUUGUCACAGGUACGAGGCUCAUCAGAAGCUAGGGCUUCCAACUAUACGCUGCAAAAUCCGCAAAGGAACAAAGGAAACUCUAAGGCAUCAUCUUCGUUGA